AGUUCUCGGGCGGCGAGGCGCGCAUGCGCCCCCGGGCUCUGCCAACUGAGGCAGCCAUGGACGCGCUGGAGUCGUUGUUGGACGAGGUGGCCCUGGAGGGACUCGAUGGCUUAUGUCUGCCCGCUCUGUGGAGUCGUCUGGAGACCCGGGUGCCCCCCUUCCCACUCAUUCUGGAGCCGUACACGCAGGAGUUCCUGUGGCGGGCCCUGGCCACGCACCCGGGCAUCAGCUUCUACGAGGAGCCUCGCGAGCGACCCGACCUGCAGCUCCAGGACCGGUAUGAAGAAAUUGAUCUGGAGACUGGGAUUCUGGAGUCCAGGCGGGACCCGGUGCCUCUGGAGGACGUCUAUCCCAUCCAUAUGAUCCUGGAGAACAAGGACGGCAUCCAGGGCUCAUGCCGCUACUUCAAGGAGAGGAAGAACAUCACCAGCAGCAUCAGGACCAAGACGCUGCAACCCCGCUGUACCAUGGCCGAAGCCUUUGACAGGUGGGGCAAGAAGCUGAUCAUUGUCGCCUCCCAGGACAUGCGCUACAGAGCUCUGAUAGGCAUGGAGGGGGACCCCGACCUCAAGCUCCCCGACUUCUCCUACUGCAUUUUGGAGCGGUUAGGCCGGUCCAGGUGGCAAGGCGAGCUGCAGCGAGACCUUCACACCUCUGCUUUUAAGGUGGAUGCUGGAAAGCUUCAUUAUCACCGGAAAAUUCUCAACAAAAACGGACUGAUCACCAUGCAGUCGCACGUGAUCCGAUUGCCCACCGGAGCCCAGCAGCACUCCAUCCUCCUCCUCCUGAACCGGUUCCACGUGGACAGGAGGAGCAAGUAUGACAUUCUCAUGGAGAAGCUGUCCAUGAUGCUGAGCACCCGCAGCAACCAGAUGGAGACACUGGGCAAGCUACGGGAGGAGCUGGGGCUGUGUGAAAGGACAUUUAAACGUCUCUACCAGUACAUGCUGAAUGCUGGGCUGGCCAAGGUGGUGUCUUUGCCCUUACAGGAGAUUCACCCUGAAUGUGGACCGUGUAAGACCAAAAAAGGGACGGACGUCAUGGUGCGGUGUCUCAGGCUGCGGAAGGAGUUCAAGCGGAAGGUGGACGAUGACCACGAUGACGACGAUGACGAGGAGGUCAUCUCCAAGGGCGUGCCCCCGGUGGACAUCGUGUUUGAGCGGGACAUGCUCACACAGACCUACGAGCUCAUUGAGCGCAGAGGCACGAAAGGAAUUUCCCAGGCUGAGAUCCGAGUGGCCAUGAACGUGGGGAAGCUGGAAGCCAGAAUGCUGUGUCGGCUUCUUCAGAGGUUCAAGGUUGUCAAGGGCUUCAUGGAAGAUGAGGGCCGGCAGCGGACCACCAAGUACAUCACGUGCGCGUUCGCUGAGGAGAGUGACCUGAGCCGCCAGUACGCGCGGGAGAAGGCCCGCGGCGAGCUGCUCACCACGGUGAGCCUGGCCUCGGUGCUGGAGGACGCGCUGCUGCCCGAGCCCGAAGGAGAGGACGCCUUCCUCUCCGAGUCGGACAGCGAGGAGGAGCGCCACACCACCAAGCGCAAGGGCCGCGCGCCCCGGGGCCAGGCCAGGGCGUCCGCGGACGCGGGGCCUGGCUCUCAGCCCCACCACUCCACACCAGGCAAAGGUGGAUGGAAGGCCGGAAACAUGAACGCGAUGAAGGCCCAGCCAUCUUCUUCCCUGGGGGCAGCUGAGGAGAAGGGGGCCAGAGACGGCCUCGGGGACACCAGCAGCUCCUCGGACCUCGUGUCCUUCGGCUCUCACUGCGUGGAGAGCAAUGGCGGGGACAUCGCCGUGAUCGAGGAGGUCCGGCUAGAUAAGGAGAUCAGCAGUUCCCAGAAGAGCGGCAGGCACGGCGGGGGCCAGGACAACUCCCACAAGACCUACCGCCUGCUGAAGCGCCGCAACCUGAUCAUCGAGGCCGUCACCAACCUCCGCCUCAUCGAGAGCCUCUUCACGAUUCAGAAAAUGAUCAUGGACCAGGAGAAGCAGGAAGGCGUGGCCACCAAGUGCUGUAAGAAGUCCAUCGUGCGCCUGGUGAGGAACCUGUCUGAGGAGGGGCUCCUGAGGCUCUACCGGACCACCGUGGUCCAGGAUGGCAUCAAGAAGAAGGUGGACCUGGUUGUACACCCGUCCAUGGAUCAGAACGACCCUCUGGUCAGAAGUGCCAUCGAGCAGGUCCGAUUCCGCAUCUCCAACUCAAGCACCGCCAACAGGGUGAAGGUUCCCCAACCCCCAGCACCCCAAGAGGAGAUUGAAGAAGAAAGUCACGAAGCAGAGGGCCCAAGCGGCCCAGGAGACUCCUACCUAACCAGCCCCUCCAAGGCUGACAGCGCUCGGGCAAAGAAGGCCGAGGAGAAAAUGGGCGUGCCUCCACUUAAAAAUUACAAGCCCGUUGUAGUUCCAGGGCUUGGGCGGUCCCUUGGGUUUCUGCCCAAAAUGCCUCGGCUGCGGGUGAUCCACACGUUCCUGUGGUACCUGAUCUACGGGCACCCAGCCAGCCACUCGGUGGAGAAGAUGGGCUUUAGCAGCGAGAGGAGGGCAGGCAAAGCAGGAGCCCAGCGCUCCUCCCUGGGAAGUGACUGGGAGGCCUCAGAAGCCAAGGACCGCCUCGAAGGCAUUGCCCGGGAGACUGAAGUGGAGCGCACCCCGGAGACAGUGUACGUGGAUGACGCCUCGUGGAUGCGCUACGUCCCUCCCAUCCCAAUCCACAGAGACUUUGGCUUUGGCUGGGCUCUCGUCAGUGACAUUCUUCUCUGCCUGCCCCUCUCCAUCUUCGUCCAGAUUGUGCAAGUCAGCUACAAGGUGGAAAACCUGGAGGAGUACCUGAAUGACCCUCUGAAGAAACAUACACUCAUCCGCUGCCUCCCCAGGGCCAUCCGGCAGCAGCUCCUAUAUAAGAGGCGGUACAUCUUCUCGGUGGUGGAGAACCUUCAGAGGCUGUGCUACAUGGGGCUUCUGCAGUUCGGCCCCACAGAAAAGUUCCAGGACAAAGACCAGGUGUUCGUGUUCCUGAAGAAGAAUGCGGUCAUCAUCGACACCACCAUCUGUGACCCGCAUUACAACAUGGCCCACAGCACACGGCCCUUUGAGAGGCGUCUCUACGUGCUGGACUCCAUGCAGGACGUGGAGAGUUACUGGUUUGACCUGCAGUGUGUGUGCCUCAAUACCCCACUAGGCGUGGUGCGCUGCCCCUGCGUCCAGAAGAGCAGCCAGGGGCAGGGCGAGGAGCAGGAGGGCAGCCUGCAGAAGGAGCAGGAGAACGCCAUCGACAAGCACAACCUGGAGCGCAAGUGUGCCAUGCUGGAGUACACCACCGGGAGCCGAGAGGUUGUGGAUGAAGGUGUGGUGCCUGGUGACGGGCUGGGAGCCGCUGGCCUCGAUUCUAGUUUCUAUGCCCACCUCAAGCGCAACUGGAUCUGGACCAGCUACAUCAUCAACAAAGCCAGAAAGGAGAACAUUGUCGCCGAGAGCGGGUUCACCGUGAGGCUGCAGACCUUCCUGUCCAGGCGCCCCAUCCCGCUGGCUGCCGGAGGCACAGGCCGGCUGCCCGUCUGGGGAGACGCGAAAACAAGCAUGGACUUCUAUGCCGAGCGGGAGGAGCUGUUGCAGCUGGAGCAGGAGCCGCUGCUGGGCCGCAACCACCGCGUGCAGGGCGGCAGGAGCCAGAAGCGGCGGCGGCUGAAGAAGGAUCCCGGGAAGAGGACGAAGAGGAGCAAGAAAGGGGAGCUCCCAGAACCUGCAGACAAACGGCUGCGCUACCACGACGAGGCCGACCAGAGCGCCCUGCAGAGGAUGACACGGCUGCGCGUGUCCUGGUCCACGCAGGAGGACGGGCUGCUCAUGCUGUGCCGCAUCGCCAGCAACGUCCUCAACGCCAAGGUGAAGGGCCCUUUCGUCACGUGGCAGGUGGUGCGGGACAUUCUGCACUCCACCUUCGAGGAGUCUCUGGAUAAGACGUCUCACUCCGUCGGCCGGAGAGCCCGCUACAUAGUCAAAAACCCGCAAGCCUAUCUCAACUACAAGGUCUGCCUGGCCGAGGUGUACCAGGACAAAGCUCUUGUUGGAGACUUUAUGAACCGAAGGUGUGACUACGAAGACCCAAAGGUUUGUGCCGACGAGUUUAAAGAAUUUGUGGAGAAGCUGAAGGAGAAGUUCAGUUCGGCACUGAAGAACACGAACCUGGAGAUCCCCGACACGCUGCGUGAGCUGUUCUCCAGGUACCGAGUGUUGGCAAUCGGGGAUGAGAAAGAUCGCAUCAGGAAGGAGGAUGUCCUUCACAGUGUGGACGACAUUCACUUACUGGUGCUGCAGAACCUGAUCCAGAGCACGCUGUCCCUGUCCAACAGCCAGAUGAAGUCCUGCCAGUCCUUCCAGGUCCCGGGACUGAUUCCUAGUGCUUCCAUGCAUCCUGGGCCUCGGCGCCUCCCUCACCCGCCUAGUGCCUUAUUGCAGACCUUCCACCUCUACCGGAAGUACCGGGAGCCCGUGCUUGUCAAGGCCUUUGUGGAUUGCCAGAAGAGGGGCCUGGUCAACCGGCGCCGGGUCAAUCACCUGAUGGGCCCCAAGAAAAACCGGGCCUUGCCCUUUGUGCCCAUGUCCUACCAGCUGUCACAGUCCUACUACAGGCUCUUCACCUGGCGCUUUCCCGGAGCACUGUGCACCGAGUCCUUCCAUUUCUUCCACCGGGUCCUGGCCGCCGGCAAGCUGGAUCAGCCUGACUAUUUUGCCUUCAAAGACCAGGAUGGCAGCGACCCCGUCGACCACGUGGUGCCCUUCGCCCUGGACGGCCCCGGAGGCCACUGCGUGACAGCCCUGGUCCUCUUCUCCCUGGGCCUCCUCUCGGUGGACGUCCGGAUCCCAGAGCAGAUCGUAGUGGUGGACAGUUCUGUCACAGAGAGUGAGGACAUGAAGAGCCUGGCGAAGGACGGGGGCUUGGAUGACGACGAGGAUGAGGAGGAAGACUUGGACGAAGGCUCGGGAACCAAGCGCCAGGGCGUGGAGGUGAAGGCCCAGCAGGCCUCGCACACCAAGUACCUGCUGAUGCGGGGCUACUGCGCGCCCGGCAACAUCAGCACGCGCAGCCUCAACCCCAACGACAGCGUGGUGGUCAACUCGUGCCAGGUGAAGAUGCGGCUCCGCAGCACCCCGGUGCCCGCCCGCCUCGGGCCUCUCGCCACGCCUCUGGAAGAGCUCCCCACCGGAACCUCCUGCCUCCCGGACACCUUCACCCGGCUGGCGUGCCCCCCAGAGCAGGCCUCCAGCGUGGAGGACUUUGCCCACCAGAUGGCGCUGGCGGGGUACAGCUCCGAGGACGUGUGCGCCGCCCUGGAGAUCCGCAGCACGGUGGCCGCUGCGGGCGCCUUUGGGGUGGACAGGGACAGGCUGAGCCGAAGCUUCGCAGCCUUGCAGAGGCCAGGCGGCCAGCGCACCAAGACCUUCCCAGACUACGUCCAGGAGCUCCUGGAGCAGCAGCAGGUGCUGGAGGUGGGCGGGAACACGGUGCGCCUGGUGGCCGCGGCCCACGCCGACCCCUGGCUGCUGCACUCGGUGCGGCCCAGAGACGAGGAGGAGCAAGCCACGCCGAGGAAGCAGGCCCAGCCCCCCGAGAGCCCGGCCCCUGCGCACAGCCCCCCAGGUGGCAAGCGGCGUGCCCAUCUGGACAGCCAGAGCGGUGACCCCUGUGCCCAGGACGCCCUGAGCCCCCCUGCCAAGAGGCCCACGCUCCAGGACGUGCGUCUGGCCUCGGCUCCUGAAAACACGAGGGCAGGGGUCCCCGGGCAGGAGGGCCCAGAAGCUGCCAGCGCCCCCAGCGCCCCAGGCCCCGAGCCGCUGAGCUGUCCGAUCCACCCUCCAGAGGAUGCUGGAGGCCCCAGAGGACCCGCGAAGAGCUGCAUGGCCGCGGGCGCCUCCCAGGCCGCACAGGAACGAAGGCACGAGAACAUCUGCUUCGUCAGCCGCCCGUGGCGCAGCGUGGACGGCCACCUGAACGUGCCGGUGUGCAAGGGCAUGAUGGAGGCCAUGCUGUACCACAUCAUGAGCCGGCCCGGCGUCCCCGAGAGCGGCCUGAUGGAGUACUACGAGGGCGUGCUGCAGCCCGUGGCCGUGCUGGAGCUGCUCCAGAGCCUCGAGUCCCUGGGCUGCAUACGGAGACGGGUGCUGCGCAAGCCGGCGGCGGCCGUGUCGCUCUUCUCGAGGCCCGUCGGGGAGCAGGUGGAGGAGGCGCCCGGGCCCGGGGACGGCGCGGCCUUCUACGAGCCCACGCUGGACUGCACCAUCCGGCUGGGCCGCGUGUUCCCCCGCGACGUCAACUGGAACAAGUGGAGCCACUUUUAGAAACUCCAGAAGGCCCCGGAAUGGGGCGCGCGGGGCACCGGACCCCCGGGCUCGGGUGGCCUGGGACCCCUCCUCCCUCCGCAGAGGGGUGUCCCUGACCCAUCGGGGGGUGGCCGCCCCCUGCCACCGACCCCUCACCGACCCCGCGGGGCUGUGUAGUGUGCCCAGCGCACAGAGACUCCGCGUGCCACCAAAGGAGGGGCCCCCUGGGGACGAGUGACGGGGCCCGGGACCCCCACCCCGGCCCACGCGGGGCAGCUUCCCCCUACCCGCGCCCAGAAGGGAGCUCUGCGGCCGGGGGCUCAUUUGGUUUAGUGUGUUCUUUUCCUUGUUUAGAGAUCGGUCCCCUAGCAUGUUUGUAUUUAUUUUUAAUUCAAGCGGAGUCAGAGACACGUAGUGUAUUUCCUGAGCCAUCGUGGGCGCCCGCGGGUGGCCAGGGCACCCGCAUGGCUGGUGACCGCGUCACAGCACAGGUGCCCCCGGGCCCCCAGGGGCCCCACCGGCCGGGCCUGCCGCCGCCUGGCUCUCCUGCAGUUCUCGUCAGUUCAUGUUUAAAUUUUUAGUUCAUUCCCAACAUGUUAAAAAUGUAGAGUUUUUACAUCUUGAAAAA